AUGCCUGCUUCCGAACUACCAAGCCCUACUUUCCCAGAAAAUGGCUCAGGGUCUGGAAAGAAGAAACCAACGAUCACCAUAGCUGUGUCAGCUGCAAUUGGUUCAUUUAUUGUAUGUCUGAUUGUAGCACUGUAUGUAGCAUGGAGAAAGAAGAAAAGAUCUCGCAAGAGAAGACAAGCUUUGAUGCAAGCUCGUGAGGAGAAGUAUACCAAUGAUGAGGAUAGUAAUAAAGAUACAGAGUUGUCGGCGUUUAGCUUGUCCAUGAUUGCUAAGUCAACUAACAACUUUGCUCUCGACAAUAAGCUUGGUGAAGGUGGGUUUGGUCCAGUUUACAAGGGUGUGUUUGAAGAUGGACGAGAAAUAGCUGUGAAACGACUCUCAGCAACUUCGUCACAAGGUCUUGAUGAAUUCAAGAAUGAAGUUGGAUGUAUUGCCAAACUUCAGCAUCGGAAUCUUGUGAAGCUUCUCGGAUACUGCAUUCAAGGAGAUGAAAGAAUGUUGAUAUAUGAAUUCAUGGAGAACAAAAGCCUUGACUUCUUUAUAUUCGAUGCAUCUAGAAGUAUCAUGCUUGAUUGGCCUCUUCGUUUUCAUAUUAUCAAUGGGAUUGCUCGGGGACUUGUUUAUUUGCAUCAAGAUUCACGCCUACGAAUCGUCCAUAGAGAUCUGAAAGCUGGAAAUAUAUUGCUGGACAAGAACAUGAAUCCCAAGAUAUCGGAUUUUGGCCUUGCUAGAAAGUUUAGCGGAUAUGAGACUGAAGCUAACACAAACAGAGUGGUUGGAACUUAUGGUUACAUCUCUCCGGAGUAUGCAGUGCACGGCCUUUUCUCAGUAAAGUCGGAUGUGUACAGCUUCGGGGUUUUGGUGUUGGAAAUCGUGAGUGGGAAGAAAAAUAGAGGAUUUUCUCAACAAGAUUACAAUGACACCCUUAUUGGACAUGCAUGGAAACUCCACAAAGAGGGAAAGUCGGUUGAGCUAGUUAGCUCAUCUGUGCGAGACUCAUGUGUGGCCUCUCAAGUACUACGGGCAGUGCAUAUUGGUUUGUUAUGUGUGCAACAUCAUGCAGAAGAUAGGCCCACGAUGUCGUCAGUGGUUCUUAUGCUGGGUAAUGAGAACUAUUUGCCUCCACCUAAGCAACCUGCAUUUUUUGCGGAAGAGAGGUUUGUGACAGAAAUCAACUCUUUGUCAUCGGCCCCAACAUUGGAUUCUAUCAAUGAAGUCACCGUAACACUUAUGAAUGCUCGAUAGCAAGUAAAUUCCUC